AUGACUCGAAAAAUAAAAGAAAAAGGCUCCCCAAAAAGUUCUAAAACUAGUAAAACUCAAAAAAGUGUAUGCAACAAGUGUAAUACUGAACUAAAAACUGAGUGUAAAUUCCAAUGUUCAGAUGAGUGCAAUAAAUGGUUUUGUGUUGGAUGUACCAAAUUAACAAAAAAGCAGCAGAAAGAUGUAAAUGAUGGAAAAACAACGUGGAUAUGUGAAGAUUGUGAGAGCACCAUCAUAGAAGAAGAAGACGAAGAAGAAGAUGAUGAAGAAAGUGGAGAUGAAGUCAAUGACAAUCCCAGCCUGGCUGACUUAUUCAAAGAAAUGAGAGGAAUAAGAAAGUCAAUUGAGUUUAUGUCCUCCUGUUUUGACAAUAUAAAAAAAGAAAAUGAAAACCUUAAUGCAAUUAUAAAAACUGAAAAGGAAGAAAACAAGAAAUACAAAGAAAAGGUGGAAAAACUAGAAAAAAGAGUUCUAGAUUUAGAACAAGAACAAAGAAAAAAUAACUUGUUAUUAAUGAAUGUUCCUUUUGAGGAAAAUGAAAAUGUUACUGAUAAAAUUGCAAAGAUUUUAAAUAAAAUAGGAGUAAUCAAUGCAGAAUACUCCGAAUGUAUGCGUUUGCCUAAAAAGGGCAAUAUUAAAAAUGCAAACACUCCAAUUCUUUUAAAACUAAAAACUAACAAAAUAAAAGAAGAAAUUAUGAAAAAAAAAUCAAAUUUUGGAAAACUAGAAGCCUCAGAUUGUGAGCUACCUGGAACAAAUACAUUAUUUAUAAACGAGGAUUUGGCUCCGGCCAAACAACUUUUGUUCAAAAAAGCUAGAGAUGUUAAAAAGGAAAAUAAUUUUAAGUUUGUAUGGGCGACAAAUGGAAAAAUAUUUAUAAGGAAAAAAGAAAAUGACCCAGCUAUUCAAAUACAAUGUGAAGACGACUUGUUUAGACUAACACGAAAAAAAAAUGUCACAAUGAUCCAGUAA